AUGACUAUUCCCAACACGGACAAUCUUGCGACCGUUACGGCCACUCCCAACGUACAACUACACAACAACCAGCCAAGCAGCACUUCAUUUGAAUUGAGCAGAGACCAUUUGUUUGCUCCUGAUCGAUCCCAGUGGAUCUCGCCCUCUACCUUAUUGCCAUCUACAUUGGUUCUGGAAACUGUGAAUCCUGGCAAGUUAAACCAGCCAAGCCAAUACGUCAACCACUCAGCUACUGCCACAAUUCCACUGCGUCCCGAUCCUCCAAAGACCUAUGAUCCUCGAAUCGAUGAUGAGGAUACCUCACUACCCCUCCGACGCAGAAAGCUACGCAAGUCAACAUGCAUUGCGUCUACGUCCUCCGACCAGGAUGGUGAUACUAAUGAACCCCGUCAGUCCACAUCAUACACAACAGAACCUCAAGAUCCUCCGCAGUAUGCUAAUCCCAUGCAGACAUCUUGGUGCAAGCAACCCCGAAAGCCUUCUAAAACUAUUGUAUCUACAGUAUCUAACAAUGAGGCCGCUACUUCGGAUCAGGGUCACCAAUCUGUUCAUCACAUUGACUCAGCUCAAGAUCAAUCUCUCAACAAGUCCUUUCACCAAGAGGAGAAUUACAUCUCUGUCUCUGAUUGGGAUCAGCAAAGCGAGACAUCCUUUCCCCAAGAUGAAGAUUUCAUCCCUGAUCAAGAUCAACAAAGCGAUUUGGAUUACAUCUCUGAUUGGGAUCAGCAAAGCGAGACAUCCUUUCCCCAAGAUGAAGAUUUCAUCCCUGAUCAAGAUCAACAAAGCAAUUCAGAUUACAUCUCUGAUCGGGAUCAGCAAAGCGAGACAUCCUUUCCCAAAGAUGAGGAUUUCAUCCCUGAUCAAGACCAACAAAGACAUUUGGAGUGGGACUCACCUGAUCAAGAUGAACAAAGCUAUCGGCAGUUGGACUCGCCUCAAGAACAGCACGGGGACUCACAUGAAGAUCACUUUAGUCCUAAUCGAGAUGAACAAAGCCAUCAGGACUUAGACUCACCUCAAGAACAAAUUAUCAACCAGACAGAGGAAGGCUUGAUUUCUGAUCAGGAUCAGCAAAGCAAUUGUGACUUGGACUCGCCUCGAAAUCAAUCAGGACAUGUACCAGCUGACAGGAAUUCUCUCAAAGAGAAAUCAUUCAAUCUUUCCGAUCACCAAGAGCCCACUGCUGAUGAUGAUGAGUAUACUACUCCCGAAUUAUCGGGUACUUUACAGGGACUAGGAUCUUCAACCUCAGAUGACCGUGCUUCUACAUCUGAUAGCCGCAACGAUGUCGAAGUCCAAUCACUUUUGGUGCCUGCUCAAUCCAAACAAAGCACACAGUCUUCACACUCACACACGCGCACACAAUCCAAUCAAACCAAAGAGCUACCUCCUGACUUACCACCCUCAUCUCGCUUAACAGUUGCUCAGAAGAAAGAAUACCUGAAGCAUUACAGUGUUCGAUUCAAAUCUCGCGACAAAAAGGCCCGUAUUACCGAACUGUAUGAUGCUAUGCGAACUCGUCAAAUUGCCAAGGCCAUGCAGAAGAGUCGUAAUGCCGAAAACUUCCCUCCGACAUCUCCUGACACUCACCAUCCGACUUCAAAGCUUAAGUCGAAACGUCACCUGCGCAAAAAGGGCAAAGCAAACGCCAAAGCAGACCAAAUCGCCUCUAUCCCUUGUACCUCACCCACUCUACUGUUCUCUGAAGGAUUGGCACCAAGUAGUCCUUGCUCCAUGCAGUCUGUGAUUUACGACUCAACAGGCCGUCCUGAUUGCCUAUCUUCACCGGCUCCAUCAUCACGCAUGUCUAUCGAUAACGAUAUUUUCACAGCCCAUGCCGACUGUAAUAACCGGUCUGAACGCAUGUCCCUAGAUGACGAGCCAUCUGAUGUAUUUAGGUGGCGAACUUCUGUGACUUCAAAUUCUCAUUUCGAUAAGGAAAAUGUGAACGAUAGUGGACCAAUUGUACUUGCGCUCCAAUCCUAUGCCCGUCAGUCCACAGAAAUGAGCAAACAAAUGCUCAACAGGAUGGAUGGGAUGGUUGAUAGAUUGGAUAGUGUAGCCGAAGCUGUGGAAGAUUUGAACACAACUGUUCAAGUGAAUUCCAACAACCAUCCUCUCUCUAGAAACUCUAAGGGCAAAGGGAAAGGUAAAGAUCCUCUGACUGGUGAUAAUGCAAUGCCACAAGGCGGUGAAUUUGCUCGCUUGAUCCGACAACAUUUGGCUACUCUCCUGGGGUGGAAAGGCAAAACUCUUCCUCAUCAUGAUGAACAGGAUUCACGCAUGAACAUCGAUGAUGAGCUGGAGGAUCUUUCCAGCGAUCCAGACUACCCAUAUCGUAACGGACCCGGCCAUCCAUCUGCUACCCCCGAAACCCUGGCCAUCAUGUGGAGGAUGAUGUCCGAAGCCCAAAUUGAUUCCUUCCGCCCCGACUUCAACCAACCAAUUGACAGUCCUGAUAAUGUGCAUCUGCUUGAUCUAGCUGUGAAGACAUUCCUUGAGUUAGUCAAAUGCAAAGAGUAUACUGGGAUUGACAUGGAAAAUGUAAAUGAAGAAAUAAUCAGAAAUGCAAUUCAUCGUCAUGUGACCUGGCGACUCAGAAGACGCUAUCGUCAAGAGAAUAAGUGGGAACCUGGCAAAAAAGCUGAGCAUAACAAGAAUGUUCGACGCACUUCAAGAUUGACCAAUCUACGACAUGCCCGAGUUGAAGUCUUGAGCAAUUACCCAAAUCUUUCCGGUCUUAUUCCAAUCGUCCAAGUUGCAUGCAGUGACGAUGACACCGAUAAUGAAGUUGCCCAAACCGUCCAAACCUCCUAUUCGAAGAAGCAGCCUAAACGAUGCAUUGUUCGAUCAAUCCCAUGGCGACAUCCCAAAAUUGCUGGCAUGAUGGUUAAAAUUGAUCAGUUGAAGGCUAGUAUAAUUGCAGCAACCCCCAAAGGCUCUUCUGGUGCUGCUCCUCGGGUACGGCGACGUGUUUCUUCACCAAAGGCAAGUGAGUUAAAACCACCAUCUGAUACCUCAAAGGCGGUCUUCAGUCGUGAAUGGCUUGAAAACCUUACUUGGCAUCGUAGAGAAGCUUUGAAUUUGCGCUCAAAACCUGAUGUUAAAGCUUUGGUUCGAGAACUUGAGAAGAUUACUUGUUAG